UUACUUUAACGUAGGUUCAUUGUGUUGUGAAGUGAAGAAGACUUCGAGCAGCUGACCUCUGACCUCUGUCUGUCUUGCUUUCUUUCACUCUGUCUCAUUGUUGUUCUCAAACCCUUUUCUACUUUCCCUUUCAUUCUUCAUUUCCAACUUCACUCCAAAAAUCUCAAGUUGAUGGAGCCAGAACCAGCAAACUCUGUGGCUAGCAAUGGUGGCAGCAACUCGUCAAAUCUUGUUGCGCCGGUGGCACCUGAACAAUCCGGCGAAGGUUUACCCUAUGCGCCGGAGAAUUUUCCGAAUCCCGGUGACAUUUGGCGAUGGAAAUCCGGUAAGAGGAUUUCAAAUAACGGUAACUAUCGAGACCGGUAUCUGUAUGUUCCUCAUCGUCUUGUUGCAAACCGAAGCUCGAUUAUAUUUAAAAGCAAGCUUUCCGUUGAACGCUAUGUCAAAGAAAAGUUUCCUGACGUUAAUAUUACUGAAUUCUUCGAUUCAUUCACAUGGUCCAUUCCUUCUGGUCUUCCAGGCAACAUGAAUCCUAGAGGCAAUACGAAUCCUCUAGGCGAUGAUAGCCUUCUCAGACAGUUUGAGUUAGAAGAAGAGGCAGAAUCCGAUUUGCUCUGUGACAUUGAUGGAUGCAAAGCUGGGAAUAGUACAUGUAGUAGCUUGAUUUUGGAAAAAGAACAUUCACCAAUCAUGCCUUGCGAUCUCUGCUGUGCUGCACCUAAUUUCUGCCGUGAAUGUUGCUGCAUUCUUUGUUACAAAACACUUGAUUCAGCUUAUGGUGGCUACAGUUAUAUCAUUUGCAAAGUAACACAAGGCAAUACUAUUUGUGGGCAUGCUGCUCAUUUGGAAUGUGCUCGUAGAUCUUACAUGGCCGGCACAGUGGAAGAACCAAUAGGAUUGGAUGCCGAGUACCUGUGUCGGCGCUGUGAUGGGAUAACUGAAUUGAUUUCUCAUGCAAAUGAGCUUUUGCUGACAUGUGAAGCUAUUGAUUCAAACAAUGAUGUCAAGGAGAAAAUUUUACACCUUGGUCUCUGUCUCCUGUGUGAUUCACAGAAAGCCACCGCAAAGGAGCUUAUGAGUCGUUUUGCAUUGGCAUUGUCAAAGCUUAAAGAUGGGACCAAUACUGAAGAUAUCUUGAAAGCUUAUACCAAUCUUACAGCUGCUCAUUCUCCAGGUUCCAAUAAUGGCAAUGCUGCAAUGGAUACUUCAGAUGAUGAAAGCCCUUUAAAUGUUAAAAAAGGAACAAAAUCUUUUCGUUAUCACUCUGAGGUAUUAAAGCUUGAUGCUGAGUUUGAUCAGACUAUGGAGGCUUUUAAAAAGUCGCAGAAAUAUGAACUUAAAGUGGCUGAAGAAACCCUUAGGGAACAAUUGAAACAUUUAAAUAAUCUUUCUAAGCAACUGGAGAAAGAGAAGUCCGAAUUAGCCAAUCAACCCAACGCUUCUCAUUCAAGUGUCUUAUUUCAAACUGUGAAGAAAGGAGAGGAACAACUAAGGCAGGAAGUAAUGAAACUUGAAGAAAUGAAGAAGAUAGCCAAAGGUUGUGGCAGAACAUCCAUAGAUGUUUUAAAACUCUUUGACUUUUAAUUUGCAUUCUAAAAUGAUUACUGCAAGGUUUUACUGCAAAAGACUAGUUCUACAAAAACCGAGUGAAUUCUAAACAAUUUUUCAAUUAUUGCUGAAAAUAUAUUAUUCAGACCCAAUUCUGCCAUAGAUGUGCAACUAUCGCUGUGUUACCAAUGUGCAUACGAGGAUGAUGUUUUCUUUUAUAAAUUUUUUCUUCUUGAUAGUGAAAUUUUGCUCGCAAUCUAGAUAUCUUCAUGUUCACAAUGGAUGAGUCUAGAGAGAGAAGAAAGUUUUUUCUGUUCCCUCUCUACACACUCGUGACCACAGCCUUAAUUUGAAAUCAUGGUUGUUUAGUAGGACAGGGACAAUAGUGGAGAGAGGCAUGCAUAUGUUUUCCAACCUAAGGAUAACUCCGGUUGCGUUCAUCCCCGCUCUUCUCCAUUUCACUAACAUGCGUAGUGAAUCUGUUGGCCUUAAUGACUUAACUUUUCAAUGUGUUUUCAAAGCUUCUGAUUCUUUGAACAUGUCCAUGAGUGGUUAACAAGUUCAUGGUUUAGCAUUAAAGGAUGGUCAAAUAUAUGAUGUAUUUGUUGGGUGUGGUGCUUUUGAUAUGUGUUGCAAAACUGGGCUUUGGUUGAUGCUUGUAACAUGUUUGAUGAAAUGCCUCAUAGAAACUUGGCCACUUGGAAUGCUUAUAUUUCCAUUGCAGUUCAAGAUUGGCGUACUAUGGAUGCAAUUGAAGUGUUUAAGGAGUUUCUAUGUGUGCAUGGAGAGCCAAAUUCUCUUAUGUUAUGUGCGUUCGUGAAUAUUUCUGUUGCUAAUGUGAUGAAGUUUUGUGCGGUCCUGAAUGCCUGUGUUGACUUGUUGAGAUUGAAUCACGGGUGACGGUUACAUUCAUUUAUAAUUCAUUUUGGAUAUAAAGAGGAUGUUUCUGUUGCGAAUGGGCUUAUUAGUUUUUGUGGGAAAUGUGGGGACAUUGUAUCUGCUGAAAAUGGUUUAGCAAAAUUGGUAGUAAGAGGAAUGUUUUUUUUUGGUGCUCUAUGCUUGCGCUCUUGUGCAAAACCAUGAUAUUGAUUGUGCUCAGUGCUUUUGCUGAACUUGGAGUGCUUUGAUUGGGGAGGUCGCUUCAUGCUCUUGUUGUCAAGGCAUGCGUUGAGGGUAAUAUAUUUGUUGGGUGCGCACUUAUUGACUUGUAUGGAAAACUUGGAAGUAUAAAGAAUGCUGAUCUAGUUUUCAACAUGUACGUGGAUAUGCACAUCAAGGCAACGUUUACAUGGCUCUGCGUCAAUUUGAGGAGAUGACAUUUGGCAGCCGUGGUAUUAGACUGAGUUAUGUGACACUGGUUUCUAUAUUAUCAGCAUGUGGUAGGGCCGGGGUAGUGUUGAGAGGGAUGCAAAUAUUUGAAUCAAUGAGAUUGAACUAUGCAAUUGAACCAGGUACUGGGCAUUAUGCUUGUGUUGUUGGCCUUCUAGGGAGCGUUUGUUAAUUUAUUCAAAAUAUGCCAAUUCAACCCACUAUUUCAGAGUGGGGAGUUCUACUUGGGGCUUUUAGGAUGCACGGAAAAACAAAAAUGGGAAAAAUCACAGCCGAAAAAUUAUUUGAGCUUGAUGAUGAAUACUUUGGCAACCAUGUAGUCUAAUAGGCUUGCAUCUGCUGGCAGAUGGGAAGAAGCCACUGUUGACAGGAAGAAAAUGAAAGACAACGGUAAUAAGAAAUAUGUUGGAUUGCUGUAAAGAACAGAAUCCAUGUUUUCCAAGCAAAUGAUAGUUCUCAUGAAAUGAACUCUGAAAUUCAGUAAGCUCAUUCUUUGGCCAAAUAAUAAGAGGCCUGGUCAAUCAUGGCCAUAGGCGUGCUUGUAAUUAUUGUGAGAUAAUCAUCGUUUUCAUCGCUUCAAGGAUGGUUGUUGCUCUUGUAAAGAUUAUUGGUAAUACUAUUGUUAUAUUUAUUUCAUGCA